GCACAGCAGGUCACAGCUACAACGGCCUGAGAUGGACCCACAGGGGGGAGGAGGCCGGGGAGGGUCGUACUCCACCACCCCUCCUGUCACUGCUCCUCUCCAGCCCGUGCUGUGUUCCGUACCUGGAGACCUCGCUGAAGAGUGGCACUACCUGAGCAGGCCAGAGGCACCUGCUUCAGACCAUUGGACACCCAGUGGGGUGACAGGGAGAGCCAUCGUCCCUCUGACCUCCCUGACAAUAGUAACCUCCUCUCCUCCCAGCAGUUGAAGAUCAGUCUAGACCUCAUCACCCGCUCCUCCUCCUUCCUCUGCCUCCUGGGCCACCGAUACGGCCCCUCCAGGCCGGAGCAGGACCCCCCACCUCUCCCAGCUGCUGGUCCAGAACGAGAAGCUCUCUCUGGGGUGGAGAGGAACCUGCAUGUUGCAGCGGAGGGAGGCUACCCCUGGGUCCUCACAGGGAGGAACCAGAAGUGCUCCCUGACAGAGCUGCAGAUCACCCAGGCAGCCCUGAUGGGUGACACCAGACACUGCUUCUUCUACUUCAGAGACUACUCUGAAGUAGAGGAGGAUGAAGACAGGUACACAAAUGAAGGUCAAAGGUCAUUGCUGAGUGUGUUCUCCAAACAGACAGAAGAGGAGAGACACAGAGCCAGGGAGCUGAAGAACAGGAUAGUGGACAGCCUGCAACCUGUAAGGUUCUUCAGAACGCUGCAGGAUCUGGGGGACCUGGUGAAGAGGGACUGGAGGGUUCUCAUGGAACAGCUCUAUGGGACCCUGGACCAGCAGCCAACCUGUUCAGGUAAGUGAACCUGUGCAGCUCAGUUAGUUCUGUUAGUUGACCUAGUUCUGUUUACAUCUGCUUUGUUUAAUUCAAUUUAGUUCAACCUGCUUUGAAAAGACGGUGAAGAUGACUAACGUAGCUCAGUCCGGUUCAUAUUUAUUGUGUUUUUCAGUGGUCUGCCAUAUCUUCCAAGUCCUAAAGCAGUGCUUUCUCCCCUGCUCUUUAGGCCUCCUGGACUCCCUAGAUAGAUGUUAUCAUGAAGGUGCUGUCCAGGCUCUGUGUCGCUCGUUUGCCCCCUCCACCCAGACCACUGCUGUCAUGGAGGCACUUAACACAUUUACUGCCUCGCUCACUCAUUCUGACACAUCUCAUAGUCUAGCAACCUCAAGGAAUUCAACCAUUAAGUUAACAGGGUAAGAACUUUGGUGACCACGCUAAGCUGGAAACUGAAUCAGUGCUGAAUUACUGUGAGAUUUGCCAUACUUAAAAGUAGAUACAGAUGGAGUUAUGCAUUGAUAGUGUUCAGAUAUUAUUUGAAAUCAAUGAACAACAUAUUUUGACUGUCCUUCCUAUUUCCCUUUGCCCUCAGUGACCAUGACAAACGUGAUUCAGAGGGGUCUAUUUUCCUGCUCUGUGGUGAGAGCGGUUGUGGGAAGUCCUCACUGGCCACCUGGUGGCUUCAGGAGUUCCGGAAGAAGAACCCUAGAAUCCCAGCCAUCCCUCACUUCUGUGGAAUCAGCAGCUCCAGUGUGGAUAUCAGAUCUGUACUGAGACACAUCACCACUGAGCUACGCCUGGCCCAUUACGGUAAACACUCUGGAGUGUUAUUGCCUAUGUCUGUGAGGGAUAGAAACUACUACAAUAACAUCAACCUAUUCACUUCUUUGUCAUCUAACCCAUCACUUCCAAAUGUAACCCGUUAUAGCACUGUUGUAUACUUACAUUCCCAAUUUGACAUUUAUUCAGAAAUGUGUUUACACUCACUUACCUUUCCUGUGACUAUAACCUUUACUGCUAGAUAAGAUGUACUUCAUUACUGACUUUAAAAAAUAUAUGUAUUUACUUUGUGAGAAACCAAUCACUGUUCUCAAGAAAGAAACAAGGUCAACAUUGUCAUAACACUCAUCUGGUCUAGACCGGUGAGACAGACUGAUGGUUCUCUCUCAUCUCACUCGUCUAAGUAACUAGUGUGGUAUUGUUUAUUUUUUAAAUACUUUUUAUUUAUUCAGGGGAACCUAAUUGAAACCAGGGUCUCAUUAUCAAUGGUGCCCUGAGAACAAACAAUUCACAAAUCAACAUGAUAAUACAAGAAAACAGCAAAAAAUAAACUACAAGAUAUACAGUGCCUUGCAAAACUAUUCAUCCCCCUUGGUGUUUUUCCUAUUUUGUUGCAUUACAACCUGUAAUAUAAAUUGAUUUUUAUUUGGAUUUCAUGUAAUGGACAUACACAACAUAGUCCAAAUUGGUGAAGUGAAAUGAAAAAAAUAACUUGUUUCAGUAAAAGUGGUGCGUGCAUAUGUAUUCACCCCCUUUGCUAUGAAGCCCCUAAAUAAGAUCUGGUGAAACCAAUUACCUUCAGAAGUCUCAUAAUUAGUUAAAUAAAGUCCACCUGUGUCCAAUCUAAGUGUCACAUGAUCUGUCACAUGAUCUCAGUAUAUACAGUGAGGGAAAAAAGUAUUUGAUCCCCUGCUGAUUUUGUACAUUUGCCCACUGACAAAGACAUGAUCAGUCUAUAAUUUUUAUGGUACGUUUAUUUGAACAGUGAGAGACAGAAUAACAACCAAAAAAUCCAGAAAAACGCAUGUCAAAAAUGUUAUAAAUUGAUUUGCAUUUUAAUGAGGGAAAUAAGUAUUUGACCCCUCUGCAAAACAUGACUUAGUACUUGGUGGCAAAACCCUUGUUGGCAAUCACAGAGGUCAGACGUUUCUUGUAGUUGGCCACCAGGUUUGCACACAUCUCAGGAGGGGUUUUGUCCCACUCCUCUUUGCAGAUCUUCUCCAAGUCAUUAAGGUUUCGAGGCUGACGUUUGGCAACUCGGACCUUCAGCUCCCUCCACACAUUUUCUAUGGGAUUAAGGUCUGGAGACUGGCUAGGCCACUCCAGGACCUUAAUGUGCUUCUUCUUGAGCCACUCCUUUGUUGCCUUGGCCAUGUGUUUUGGGUCAUUGUCAUGCUGGAAUACCACAUCCACGACCCAUUUUCAAUGCCCUGGCUGAGGGAAGGAGGUUCUCACCCAAGAUUUGACGGUACAUGGCCCCGUCCAUCGUCCCUUUGAUGCGGUGAAGUUGUCCUGUCCCCUUAGCAGAAAAACACCCCCAAAGCAUAAUGUUUCCACCUCCAUGUUUGAAGGUGGGGAUGGUGUUCUUGGGGUCAUAGGCAGCAUUCCUCCUCCUCCAAACACGGCGAGUUGAGUUGAUGCCAAAGAGCUCGAUUUUGGUCUCAUCUGACCACAACACUUUCACCCAGUUCUCCUCUGAAUCAUUCAGAUUUUCAUUGGCAAACUUCAGACGGUCCUGUAUAUGUGCUUUCUUGAGCAGGGGGACCUUGCGGGCGCAGUGUGUUACCAAUUGUUUUCUUGGUGACUAUGGUCCCAGCUUCCUUGAGAUCAUUGACAAGGUCCUCCCGUGUAGUUCUGGGCUGAUUCCUCACCGUUCUCAUGAUAAUUGCAACUCGACGAGGUGAGAUCUUGCAUGGAGCCCCAGGCAGAGGGAGAUUGACAGUUCUUUUGUGUUUCUUCCAUUAGCGAAUAAUCACACCAACUGUUGUCACCUUCUCACCAAGCUGCUUGGUGAUGGUCUUGUAGCCCAUUCCAGCCUUGUGUAGGUCUACAAUCUUGUCCCUGACAUCCUUGGAGAGCUCUUUGGUCUUGGCCAUGGUGGAUAGUUUGGAAUCUGAUUGAUUGAUUGCUUCUGUGGACAGGUGUCUUUUAUACAGGUAACAAGCUGAGAUUAGGAGCACUCCCUUUAAGAGUGUGCUCCUAAUCUCAGCUCGUUACCUGUAUAAAAGACACCUGGGAGCCAGAAAUCUUUCGGAUUGAGAGGGGGUCAAACACUUAUUUCCCUCAUUAAAUGCAAAUCAAUUUAUAAUAUUUUUGACAUGCGUUUUUCUGGAUUUUGUUGUUGUUAUUCUGUCUCUCACUGUUCAAAUAAACCUACCAUUAAAAUUAUAGACUGAUCAUGUCUUUGUCAGUGGGCAAACAUACAAAAUCAGCAGGGGAUCAAAUACUUUUUUCCCUCACUGUAUACACCUGUUCUGAAAGGCCCCAGAGUCUGCAACACCACUAAGCAAGGGGCACCACCAAGCAAGCGGCACCAUGAAGACCAAGGAGCUCUCCAAACAGGUCAGGGACAAAGUUGUGUAGAAGUACAGAUCAGGGUUGGGUUAUAAAAAAAUAUCAGAAGCUUUGAACAUUCCACGGAGCACCAUUAAAUCCAUUAUUAAAAAAUGGAAAGAAUAUGGCACCACAACAAACCUGCCAAGAGAGGGCCGCCCACCAAAACUCACGGACCAGGCAAGGAGGGCAUUAAUCAGAGAGGCAACAAAGAGACCAAAGAUAACCCUGAAGGAGCUGCAAAGCUCCACAGCGGAGAUUGGAGUAUCUGUCCAUAGGACCACUUUAAGCCGUACACUCCACAGAGCUGGGCUUUACGGAAGAGUGGCCAGAAGAAAGCCAUUGCUUAAAUUAAAAAAUAAGCUUUUGGUGUUCGCUAAAAGCCAUGUGGGAGACUCCCCAAACAUAUGGAAGAAGGUACUCUGGUCAGAUGAGACUAAAAUUGAGCUUUUUGGCCAUCAAGGAAAACGCGAUGUCUGGCGCAAACCCAACACCUCUCAUCACCCCGAGAACACCAUCCCCACAGUGAAGCAUGAUGGUGGCAGCAUCAUGCUGUGGGGAUGUUUUUCAUCGGCAGUGACUGGGAAACUGGUCAGAAUUGAAGGGAUGAUGGAUGGCGCAAAAUACAGGGAAAUUCUUGAGGGAAACCUGUUUCAGUCUUCCAGAGAUUUGAGACUGGGACGGAGGUUCACCUUCCAGCAGGACAAUGACCCUAAGCAUACUGCUAAAGCAACACUCGAGUGGUUUAAGGGGAAACAUUUAAAUGUCUUGGAAUGGCCUAGUCAAAGCCCAGACCUCAAUCCAAUUGAGAAUCUGUGGUAUGACUUAAAGAUUGCUGUACACCAGCGGAACCCAUCCAACUUGAAGGAGCUGGAGCAGUUUUGCCUUGAAGAAUGGGCAAAACAUCCCAGUGGCUAGAUGUGCCAAGCUUAUAGAGACAUACUCCAAGAGACUUGCAGCUGUAAUUGCUGCAAAAGGUGGCUCUACAAAGUAUUGACUUUGUGGGGGUGAAUAGUUAUGCACGCUCAAGUUUUCUGUUUUUUUGUCUUAUUUCUUGUUUGUUUCACAAUAAAAAAUAUUUUGCAUCUUCAAAGUGGUAGGGAUGUUGUGUAAAUCAAAUGAUACAACCCCCCCAAAAAUUGAUUUUAAUUCCAGGUUGUAAGGCAACAAAAUAGGAAAAAUGCAAAGGGGGGUGAAUACUUUCGCAAGCCACUGUACCAACCAUGUCAUACAUGUAGAUGCAUUGUUGUUCAGUGACACACAUGGCCAUGGCAUAAACAGACAGCCAUAGACAAAGAGGCUAAUAGUGCUUUUAGUAUUUAUUUUUAGUGCAGCACAGAAGGAAAACUUUAAAUGAAAAUUCCACAAAAAAACUAUAUUUUGGUAUUUGUUUCAUUAGUCCACGCAUCAUACUAUGACACUUUCUAUAUUUUGAAAGUUCUAUAUCUUGAAAACUUGAUUGCUGACAUGCAAAACAUUUUGGGACUGUAUCAACAGUGGGCUAAUGAAACAAUUACGUCUUUGAGUGGUAUUUUCCUUUGUCGUUGUUAAGGCUCCACAUUGUUAUUGUGUCUCUAUACUAGGACCCCAGGCUGAGUGGAGUGAAGGGUUGUUAUUGUGUCUCUAUACUAGGCCCCCAGGCUGAGUGGAGUGAAGGGUUGUUAUUGUGUCUCUAUACUAGGACCCCAGGCUGAGUGGAGGGAAGGGUUGUUAUUGUGUCUCUAUACUAGGCCCCCAGGCUGAGUGGAGUGAAGGGUUGUUAUUGUGUCUCUAUACUAGGACCCCAGGCUGAGUGGAGUGAAGGGUUGUUAUUGUGUCUCUAUACUAGGACCCCAGGCUGAGUGGAGUGAAGGGUUGUUAUUGUGUCUCUAUACUAGGACCCCAGGCUGAGUGGAGUGAAGGGUUGUUAUUGUGUCUCUAUACUAGGCCCCCAGGCUGAGUGGAGUGAAGGGUUGUUAUUGUGUCUCUGUACUAGGUCCCCAGGCUGAGUGGAGUGAAGGGUUGUUAUUGUGUCUCUAUACUAGGACCCCAGGCUGAGUGGAGUGAAGGGUUGUUAUUGUGUCUCUAUACUAGGACCCCAGGCUGAGUGGAGUGAAGGGUUGUUAUUGUGUCUCUAUACUAGGACCCCAGGCUGAGUGGAGGGAAGGGUUGUUAUUGUGUCUCUAUACUAGGCCCCCAGGCUGAGUGGAGUGAAGGGUUGUUAUUGUGUCUCUAUACUAGGACCCCAGGCUGAGUGGAGGGAAGGGUUGUUAUUGUGUCUCUAUACUAGGCCCCCAGGCUGAGUGGAGUGAAGGGUUGUUAUUGUGUCUCUAUACUAGGCCCCCAGGCUGAGUGGAGUGAAGGGUUGUUAUUGUGUCUCUGUACUAGGUCCCCAGGCUGAGUGGAGUGAAGGGUUGCAGCAUCAUGUAAAGCCCAGGUCAUUCCAUGUUGUGGUUCAGGCCUUCUCUGCUGCGGCUGCUCUAGGACCCUGUGUUCUGGUUCUGGAUGGACUGGACAGACUGACCGGGUCCCUCGGGCUCUCAAUGCAGGAGGUAAUGCCUUACUUUGCCCAGACCACUACCAGUGGUGGUUCUUGUACAGUGUAUUUUACAUUGAUAGCAUUCAAAGAAAUCCAGAUGAAAACCAAAGCAUAUUAUUUUAUAUAGUGAACAUGAAUUAAUAACGUUUAUUAAUUCAUUGUCAGGUGAAGGACCUACGCUGGCUCCCUGACCUUUUGCCUCCCCAGUGUAAGCUCCUCAUCACAGCGACCUCCACAGACCUCACCUACCAGAGGCUGACCCUCCGCAAAGACGUUCACACCCUCCCCUUGCCCGGCCUGUCAGACCCCUGGGUCCGCCGCAGCGUCCUACUCCAACACCUUACCCUGCCCUGCCUGGAGCCACACAGGACCCUGCUGCAAUUCAUCUUGGGGACCACUACCAAGCUGGGAAUGGGUCGCCUGCCGCUGUUCCUGGCGGUGGUGGCUAGCGAACUGCAGACGUGCUGUGUCCUGAGGGGAAAGGAGGAGGAGGAGGAGUUGAUAGAGGAGUAUGUAGAGGUGGAUUCUAUGGCAGAGCUGUGGGCCAGGGUGAUUCAGCGCUGGAUCAAUGACUAUGGUGGGGUCAAUGAGUGUACGGCCAGUCCAGCCAAAGGGACAGGAGGACCUACCUCUCAGGUGUCCAAGAUAGGUGGGAUCAUCUUUACCCUCUCUAAUGAUUCAGUUGUGAUAGAAAAAUUGCCGUACAGCAAGAAUCGCCACUGUAAUGUCUUCUCAAUAAAGGUCAAGAAUUAACAUUAUUAGUUAGGCACUCUCUAUGAUGAGUUGUUGUAUCUAACCUUACUCCCUCCUUCUCUCCAGAUCUCAGAGGCUGGGUAUGGGACACUCUAUGCCUGGUUCACCUCUCCCAUGCUGGGCUGACUGAGGAGCAGGUCCUGGUUCUGCUGGAGGUUCUUGGUUACCCUGGGUCUAUACGGGUUCUACCUCUGGAGUGGGCCCGGUUCCGCACUGCUGCUGGGCCCUGGGUACAGGAGAGACCCAAUGGAACACUGAGCCUCACCCACCAAUCACUGGGCCAAGCCAUGGACCUCCUCCUGCUGAGUGAGUGGCAGACGGGAGCAGAAGUUACAAGCAUAGAAAUAGAAAGCAUAGAAUGGACAUUCUACAAUGGCCUUCAUUUGUUGGUCCUUCCAACAUGGUGGUGCUUUUUACUUGGUUGAUCAUCUUUGUCUAACAAUGAACGUGGAGUAUCUGCAUGUAAGUGGAACUCUUUGGCACUAAGGAGUCCAACUAUGACCAAUCAUUUACACUUCUCCUAAGUCUUAUGCUUUUUGCUCUGUAGGGGUCCGGCCCGGUAAAGGUCCAGGGGGCUUGAGGAAGACCAGACGGGGCUACCAUCUCAGCCUGGCCCAGUUCUUCCAGAGGCAGGGCAGGGAGAUCUGUAGCUGGCCUCAGAUCCUGGAGGAGCUCCCCUGGCACCUGGAGCAGAGUGAGGCCUGGAGGGAGCUACACACCUUCUUCAUAGAUCCACAGUAAAUAAUAAUAUGCCAUUUAGCAGACGCUUUUAUCCAAAGCGACUUACAGUCAUGUGCGCAUACAUUUUUACGUAUGGGUGGUCCCGGGGAUCGAACCCACUACCCUGGCGUUACAAGCGCCGUGCUCUACCAGCUGAGCUACAGAGGACCACAGUAAGAGCAUGGAUAUACACCUCACCCAUAAGGACACUAGGGGUACACACAGUUACUGUUGGGUAAAAUAGUUUAGCUGCAGAUUAACUGUCAUCAUAUAUUUAACUUAACACUUAAAAACUGUGUGAGCCUUUUUAUUGGAUUACAGAUUCACAUGUUUAUCCAUCAUUUAUUUACAUAAAGGUAUCUACAUACUCUCUAUCCCUAGGACUGUAGAGCACCUGUCUACAAGUUGGAGCCAGUCUUCUCAGCUGAGAAUAGAUGUUGUCAGGUACUGGACUCUCCUGAUCCUCAGAGGUUAUGACCCCUACACCUCAUACCGGAGCCUGCUUGGUAAGGGAUGCCACCCUCCUACUCUUAACCAAUCAGGGCGAUGGGCAUUCCCUCCUGCUACACAUACAGGUAAAAUCGUCAUGGCUACACAUUUCAACACGAAUUCAGUGGUGAUCAGUUCUAACGUCAUAAAAUUGUAGAUAUACCAUCCAUAAAUAAUGUAGCUAUUGUCUCCAUUCAAUCCAGAGCAGAGAGAGGUACACAGCAACAGGGCCUUCAUGACUGAGUCCCAAAGUGACGGCAACGGUAAUUAUUCAUCACUGAUAACAAAUUUAUUAUUGAUGAUGUCUAAGUGAUCUGUUACCAGUCAUCAUCACUGAUCCUAUGUGACCAGUGAUGAUGACUGUUUUUGUUGUUUGUUCCCCACCUGUAGGAAAUGGUUGUCAGUGGGAUCCAGGUGUGAAAGGGAAGCAGUUGUUGGUCUCUGAGUUGCUGCUCUGUCUGAACAGGAAGGGGGAAGCAGAACAGCUCCUACUGCAGGCUGAGAACACACUCACACAGGUGAAGUAGACCCACCACUCACUCGUAAAGGGAAACCACUCAAAAUGGAUAUUUUUGUAUUUUAUUUUCAUUAGUCCACUGUUGAUACCGGCUACAUCAUCAUGAUAAUGCAAAAUAUAUUGAAAACGUAACUGCUGACAUGCAAAACAUUUGAGACUGUAUCAACAGUGGACUAAUUUAAAAAAUACCAAAAUAUUGUUUUUGAGUGGAUUUUCCCUUUAAAUACUAGCCACUAUGCUUUACAUGAACACUGUAAUUGCUCUAGUAAUACCAUUUUAUGUUCUUAAUGUAUAGACUUUCACUCCAUUAUGAAAGGCUUUCAUUCAGCCUGCUGAAAUGAUCGCACUGCUUCCCAAUUUCCUGUCAUUUCAGGCUGGUGAGAAGGACAGAGACAGGGAGAGUGUGAUGUUACUGCUUACAGUGCGGCAGACUUUGGCUGAGCUCUAUGUGGAGAUGGACCAGCACAGAGAGGCAGAGACACACUGUAGAUCAGCUCUGGAGAGCGCCCAGACUCUGACCACUACCUGCCUUGAGAGAUAUGAGGGAAUCACUGUUAGAAAGGGUAUUUGUCCAGAGAGUUGGGGCACUAUGGGUCUCAGGUUUUUAAAUAAGCAACCCGAUGAUAUAUAUUUUAAUUCAAAAAGUAAUAUUUUAAUUCACAAAGUAAGUAAAUGCUUUUAGUGGGCUGAAAUGAUAUGUAUUUCAUGUAUCGCCCCUAUCAGGUAAGUUGCUUUGUGUACUCUGCCAGCUGCUGUUUGCAGACGGCCGAACCAUCGAGGCCUCUCAGAUCCUCAGUGACAUCAUCAAUAUGGGACACCACAAACUCCACCUGUGUGCUGAGGCCACUGUAUCACUGCUCUGUGGUAUACACAGGUGUGUAUUAAAUAGCAUAAAUAGGUACAGUCUCAUGUGACAUAUCUAUACUUCACAUGUUCAGCUACAGGUGUAUGUUUGUAUGUCUUUUGCUGUUUUUAGACCUAAUUCCCAUGUGAAUUACUUUUGAUACUGUAUGACUCAAUUUAGGCAAGCUUAGAUUGUAUUUUUUUAUGUGACAGACUAAUAAGCCUGCAAGACCCACAUGGUGCUGAGAAGCACCUCCAGGUUGCCUUGAAGAUCAGGAGGCGCUGGUAUGGUAGAGAGCACCCUCUAGUGGUGGAGGUGGAGGAGUGCCUUGCAGACGUCUGGGCCGACACCUGCGCUCACACAGCAGGGUAGGACUACUUCUCCUCUUCUAGUGUUCUUCUGGUUCUUCUUCUCCUUUUCUAGUGUUCUUCUGGUUCUUCUUCUCCUCUUCUAGUGUUCUUCUUCUUCUCUUCUAGUGUUCUUCUGAUUAUUCUUCCCCUCUUCUAGUGUUCUUCUGGUUCUUCUUCUCCUCUUCUAGUGUUCUUCUGGUUCUUCUUCUCCUCUUCUAGUGUUCUUCUGGUUCUUCUUCUCCUCUUCUAGUGUUCUUCUGGUUCCUCUUCUCCUCUUCUAGUGUUUUUCUGGUUCUUCUUCUCCACUUCUAGUGUUCUUCUGGUUCUUCUUCUCCUCUUCUAGUGUUCUUCUGGUUCUUCUUCCCCUCUUCUAGUGUUCUUCUGGUUCUUCUUCUCCUCUUCUAGUGUUCUUCUGGUUCUUCUCCUUUUCUAGUGUUUUUCUGGUUCUUCUUCUCCACUUCUAGUGUUCUUCUUCUCCUCUUCUAGUGUUCUUCUGGUUCUUCUUCCCCUCUUCUAGUGUUCUUCUGGUUCUUCUUCUCCUCUUCUAGUGUUCUUCUGGUUCUUCUUCCCCUCUUCUAGUGUUCUUCUGGUUCCUCUUCUCCUCUUCUAGUGUUCUUCUGGUUCUUCUUCUACUCUUCUAGUGUUCUUCUGGUUCUUCUUCUCCUUUUCUAGUGUUUUUCUGGUUCUUCUCCACUUCUAGUGUCCUUCUGGUUCUUCUUCUACUCUUCUAGUGUUCUUCUGGUUCUUCUUCUCCUCUUCUAGUGUUCUUCUGGUUCUUCUUCUAGUGUUCUUCUGGUUCUUCUUCUCCUCUUCUAGUGUUCUUCUGGUUCUUCUUCUACUCUUCUAGUGUUCUUCUGGUUCUUCUUCUACUCUUCUAGUGUUCUUCUGGUUCUUCUACUCUUCUAGUGUUCUUCUGGUUCUUCACCUCUUCUGGUGUUCUUCUGGUUCUUCUUCUCCUCUUAUAGUGUUCUUCUGGUUCUUCUUCUCUUCUUCGUCAUUAAUUGUGUCCUCCAUCGUCUCCUCAGUAGUUUCUUCUCCGUCAUUGUUCUCUCUCUUCUCUCUCUCUCUCUCUUCCUCCUCCCAUCCCCUUCUCAGUAGUUUACUCAGUCAGUCACAGUAUAUAAAUGUUAGUGUGGUGAAGAUGUGACGUGUUCAGGUUGAGGCAGAGGCUGGCAGUGGAGCUGUAUCGACACACGGUGCACGUCAAAGAUCAGGACAUGAAGCUUUGUUCCCCCACAUCGCCACGUCUUCAGGCGAAGGGAUGCAGCCUCGCAGUCACCUUGGUCAAACUUGGUAAUUAUUUCAUUUUUCAAACAGAAGCACCACAACUCUCAAUCUUUCUUACACUUUUCUAGAUUCUUAGCAAUAAUACACAGAGUGCAAUAUGUUUAGCUUGUAUGUGUAUGUGUGUGUGUGUGUGUGUGUCAUGGCAGGAAGGCAGAUAUUUCAUGGCUCCAGUAAGACAGAGAGUAGAGAGGCUGUUGAACUGCUGCAGAGAGCUCUGGACCUGUACAUCUGCUUCCUGGGGUCUGAUCACACACUGACCAGAGACUUACAACAGUAAAAGCCUUCUUUAGCUCCUACACAAUUUAAAAUGCUAACAUUUUCUUCUUGCAUUUUCAUAGGGUUUAAGAGAGAGUAAAGCAAUUACGGGUCAUUGGACCUAAUGGAGUUGACCUUUGUCCUCUUAGGAUUUUAAACACAGAAUCCAGGAGACCUUUGACCCCUCGGGUACCCAGGUCCGGACCCCUCUCCCACCUCUCCACUAGGAGGCUAAGCAGUGGGACCAGACCCAACACAGCCGCACCCCUUCACUCCCACCUGGCCUGGGACAGGGGCGUCACAUACACCCCUCUGGACCCCUCCGUAAACAGAUCCCUGUCAGCCCCGUCCAACAAGACCCUUCACACACAGCCAGAACCAGAUCCAGAACAGGAACCAGUCAAGAACCAAAACCACAGACAGAACCACCUGUCUUCUCCCAGGCCCUGGUCUGCCUUCCAGACCACAGUGUUCGGGCCAAAGAGUGACAUCAGAAACCUGAUCUCAGAACUCAAACCCAGACCUGCUUCAGCACCGGGCUUCCGUUCCAUAGACAGGACCCGGGUGCUGCAUAGGGCAGGCUGGUGCCACCUACCAGGCAGGUACCUUCUUGAGGAACGGACAGUAACAGCUUUAAACAGAGAGAUUGGAUCCCCUUUGCACACACAGAGAUGCACACCACUGGUCAGACAGACAGUUCAGGGACAGGCAAAGGGAGGAGAACAGAGCUCGAGAGACAGAGUGUCUUAUUCUGCCAGGAGGCGC